AUGUCCGAAGGGGACAGCGUGGGAGACUCCGUCCACGGGAAGCCUUCUGUGGUGUACAGGUUCUUCACACGCCUCGGCCAGAUCUACCAGUCCUGGCUGGACAGGUCCACGCCGUACACGGCCGUGCGAUGGGUGGUGACGCUGGGCCUGAGCUUCGUCUACAUGAUCCGGGUCUACCUGCUGCAGGGCUGGUACAUCGUGACCUACGCCUUGGGCAUCUACCACCUGAACCUCUUCAUCGCGUUCCUGUCUCCCAAGGUGGACCCGUCCUUGAUGGAGGACUCAGAUGACGGCCCCUCUUUACCGACCAAACAGAACGAGGAGUUCCGGCCGUUCAUCCGGAGGCUCCCCGAGUUUAAGUUCUGGCACUCGGCCACCAAGGGCAUCCUGGUGGCCAUGGUCUGCACCUUCUUCGAGGCGUUCAACGUGCCCGUGUUCUGGCCCAUCCUGGUCAUGUACUUCAUCAUGCUCUUCUGCAUCACCAUGAAGAGGCAGAUCAAGCACAUGAUCAAGUACCGGUACAUCCCGUUCACGCACGGCAAGAGGACGUACAAGGGGAAGGAGGACGUGGGCAAGACGUUCGCGAGUUAA